AUAAAUAGUAUAUAAACAUGCUUUAAAAUUUUAAAAUUAAAAAAAAACUGUUUUAACAUGAAUACCUUUACCGACAGUUCAACCCCAACGGCCAGAACCAUACUGUUUGCGGGGGAGAUUUUGGUAUGCACAUCAAUGGUAGCUGGAAUAACCAUACUCUUAUACUUUUUACUAGCACGACGUCCACGCGCUAUUCAUUUGGUGACGGCCAACAUCUCCUCAUUCGCCGUGUACGUGGCGCCCUAUGCAAUGAAUUUUAUGGCAUGUUGGUAUCUGCUGUUAUUGUUCGAAAGGCUGAUGCUGUCCACCCACAUCGUAGUAGACUUAACGACCCGGUACCACUUGGCGUCCAAAAUAACCUUGAACGUCGCCGCGUUCGUCAUCAAGCAACAUCUGUUUUGGACAAGGUCCAACUGCUUCUACAAAGCAAUGUUGUUCAUCGGCCACUUGGUUCUGGUAGCCGCGUCAGAAGCCAUGUGCUACGAAAAAUACGAAAAGACGACGAUACACGUCGCUAUGUUACUGUUGCUCUGCCUGACCACACUCAUAUUGAUGGCACCGUCAAAUACGUAUCAAAGGCUGGUGUAUACCGACUUACUCACUUGGAAACGGUUUUCACUGGUGUAUGGACUGGUAACAAGCGCGUGUCACAAUUGGCUUAAUUCUGGCAGUAGAGGCGCCGUCGAUACGUUGCUGCUGGUGCUGGUGGCGCAUGUGCAGCUAGUGUUUCUGUGCGUCACGUACUUUUCAGAUGGCCAGCAAAUAUUGCGCAACAUUGUUGGUCUGGGCACGUACAACCCGAUGGCCGAUUCUCUGGAUAUAUAUUUCACGAUGGACUCGAUAGUGUCGAGAACGGGCGCGUACAUCGAACACCGCCGUUAAUGCUAGUUAACACAAUGACACUAAUGUCUCGGCAGUGAGUUGCAUAGCACUGCUUUAAAUUCAAUGUCGUGAUGUGAAGUUACAUAUACUGGUCACACUUAAAUUUGAAUGCCACAACACUUGGUAGAAAUACAUAAUAAUAAAUAAAUAGAGAGCAUUGCAAUAUUGUUAUAAUCAGUUUGUAGUUUUACCUAGGGUACCUACUCGCUACUUCCUUAAUCAUUAUUUCUAAAUUGAAUCUUCAGUUCAUAAUUAUUUUACCUUCACAUAUAUUUUAAAUACUUAUUUAGCAUAUCUGUUCAAAUAAUUUUCAAUAUUCAGAAAUAGGUCGUAAAAAACAUUACUAUCAUUUUAAGUUUAGGUAGUUAAAUAUAAUUUUUUUCAGUUUCAUUUUAUUUCUUCUAGUGUAACCCUCUUCUUCAAAAUUAUUGAAAAAUAUCUGUAUAAAUAAAUUAUGUAUUUACCUAUCUUUAUAUUUAAAUGGACGAUUUUAAGACGACCUAUAUUGUGAGAUUUUAAUUAUUUUAAAUACAUUUACAAUUAUAGUUUGGAAACACCUAUUUAUCAUUGUAAAUCAUGAAAGUUUUAAUAAAUUUGCCAAGGUAAGUUACCUUGAACAAUUUUAAACUUUCAACAAAUUUCUAAAUUAUAUUAUCAUGGAAAUGAAUGUACACAAUAACCAAACUAACUCUACAAUAAUAUCAUUUACAUUGACAACUUACUCCGAAGAGUUUUGAAUGAUCGAUAACAUUCACCACAAACGCUGUUAAAUUCCAUCGCUUAUUUUCUAGGAGGCUGCUUUUAUUUUAUUUAAAUUUACAUCUGUUUCUUUGUAUUCAAUCGUUGAUGCAUAUUUUUUAACCUGAGCGAGAAGAGUUUUCUCUUCUUUUGGGAAAAAUUAAUAACUCUUUUUA